UCUCAAAUUCGAUGGACUCUAUCCCGCAAUGAUCUCAUCAGUAUAUCUCGCGGUUCAGACAAUACCACUCUUAAGAUACGAUCACUAAAAGAGGGCCGAACUCUGGUUAGAAUCUUUGACUCCGAGAAUAAUAACUACGAUUACUUCAAUGUGGACGUCGGACCUGUCAUCGAACCCCACGAUUUGGCCAUAAGUGUGGGUCAAGUGGUGUGUCUUAAUUGCAAACUAAAGAGCGCCAAAACAGGCUUUUGGUUCGUUGAGAAUCCAUCGAUUGGUGACAUCGAUAGAAAUUCUGGAGUAUUUGUGGCCCGAAGUGGUGGACACACUAGUAUUGGCUGGAAAUCUACUGACGGCUUAUCCACUUAUACACCCAUUAAUGUAAUGCCUCCGCAAGAGUUUUCAUUAGACACAACACAUUUGGUUGGCAUCACUAAUAUUAUCAUACAAUCCAUCCCUAUAUCUAUUGUGAGUCAAACCUUCGACAUCAAUACAAACCAAUGGUUUUGUCGCUUUGAGCCUAAGAGUGACUUAAAUUUAGCAGAAAUGGCUGCGAUUAACACCAAUGUCUCGAUUUCGGUCAUAAUGUCGGCCGCGACUCGCGAUUCUGAAGCCAACCUCAAGCCAUUGAUUCAUACCAUUAGUAUCCCAUUUGUACCGGCAUUUGAUGUCUCACCGAAACAAGUGAUUCUAAGUCUGGAUCAGUCGGAGACUCGUCUUACCAUUCAUUCCGUGCCUUUAGUUCUCGAAGACUUGACUAUAGUUACAUCAAAUCCAGAAGUGAUUGACUACUUUCAGCCCAAAGUGAGUGUCAGUGCGACCACAACAGUGCCGUCCAAUAUCGGCUCUCCAUUCUUGGCUGACAUCCACUCGCCAUUGAAGGGACACAGAAUCCAACCCAUACACCACAUCAAACUCCUACGGCUUCUACACCACGCGUUGGACGUCCUCUAUAUUCAGUUCAUAAUACAUGAGUUUUUAGGAUUAGACGUGGACUCACUUUUGAAGAAUAAUCGAAAAAUU